AUGGACCGAAAUCGCAUAAAUGCAUUUCUAUUGACAUUCCUGAGGGAAACGGGGCGAAAAGAAACCUUAAAUGUACUCAAAAAUGAACUACAAGAAGAUAAAAAAGAAGAGAACACAAUAUCGGCGAGAGUAAAACUAAGUUUUACCAUUCAAAGACCUCCGAAAAGAAAGCCAUUGCUCGAAGUUCCAGUUAUCAAAGAACGAGCGAAAAAAGCAAAAAUUGCCAGUGAUGACCCCCAAGUAACAGAGAAGAUAGAAAAAAUUCCGAAAGAAUUCAAGAAGCUAGCGAAAGCCGUUGGUCUCCCAAAAAGCCACCUGGACUUUUUCUACAAGCAUCGAGACAGCUUUCAUUGGGAAAUGAAGAAAGACAACAAUAUCUACUGCACUGGCAAGCGCGGCAACUGUAAAUUCAAGACAAAAGUAAAGAAGAACUGCCUUUUCGAUCACAUGAUUUCCGUCCACAAUCACGGCGAGUUCAAAUGCAAGCAAGAGAACUGCGAAUACGUCGGCUACUCCCAGACAAAUCUGAAAAUGCACGUCGCCCAAUUCCACGGUAUCGGAAAAUUCGGCUCCAAUCGAAACAGAGGAUUUCCAUGCUCCUUUUAA